GCAGAACUUGCAGUGGAAGAUUUUGUACCUACCAGCAGUGCAUAUUUUCAGGAGCUUCAGAGAUGAGUAAGUUAUGCUGCUCCUGCAGCCACUGGCUCCUCAGAGCUCCUCCGCCUGCCUUCUGUCUCAUGGGAGGUCAGUGACAAGGACCCACCGUGCUCCUGUGCAGCACCCUGUGAUGUCCAAAGCCAUGCACACCAAAGGGGUGGGGAGGAGCACAGCUGGCCCAAUGAGUUAUUUGGCCCACUGUCUCAGGUCUCUUUUUAAGGGCACAAACCAGUCCAUCCCACUGCAGUGUUGUCUCUGUCAAUGUGAAGCUUACUCCAGACUCCCCUUCAAGAAGGGAGCAAGGAGCCUUCUCAAGACACCAUUCAUACAGCCUGUUCAACAGUCCUGGGCAAAGACCCAGCUUGCAGGGUUUGUCUCUGAGAUAGAUGUCAUUUUCUGGGCUUAAAAACAUGCCCAGCACUGAAAUAACUGUUUUGAAGCUACAUCUCUUCAGGAAAUUAUAUUCUGUGGGCAUCUCACUGCUGCUUUAUGCCUUGCCUGGCUGCAAAGCUUUGGUUAUUGUAACUUCUUUCGUCAACAGAUUUUUCCUCUUUUCACAAUAUGUUCAUCUAAUUUCUUUUCCAUUUCCCGUCUCUUUUCAUUUGGCAACGUUUGUCUCAGUGAGGAGGAUUGGACUUCGUCUGUGGGUAUUACAAUGGGAGGGGCCGUGUUUGGGAGGGACAAAGCUGAGAGCAAGAGAGAAAGCAUCUGCUCUGAAAGUUGGAGGAACAAUUCUGUUAACUCACACAGCAUCUUCCAGCACCUGUCUCAAGCCUUCUGCAGCUGCUGCCAGCCUACAGUGUGCACCUGAGCCUGAGGUCUGCAGACCGCAGUUUGGAAAUUGGUUUCCCAAGCAAAGACAGUUACAGGAAAUUUUGCCAAGGUGAUUCAUGGUUUGAAUGCAAAUCAGUUGACAGAUCAAGUAAUUCAGAGAAGUAAGCGAAUGAUUCUGGAUACUCUUGGAGUGGGGCUUCUGGGUACCAGCACUGAAGUCUUCCACAAAGUGGCACAGUACAGUAAGAUCUACAGCUCAGAUUUAUCCAGUACCAUCUGGGGCCACUUGGAUUUCCGACUGCCUCCUCUGUAUGCAGCUUUUGUGAAUGGAGUGGCUGUGCACUCAAUGGACUUUGAUGACACCUGGCAUCCAGCCACACACCCAUCCGGGGCUGUGCUCCCUGCAUUGAUUGCACUCUCAGAGGCCUUCCCUCAGAAGAAAAAAAUCUCGGGUCUUGAUCUGCUCUUAGCUUUCAAUGUGGGAAUCGAAGUGCAAGGCAGGUUGCUGCACUUCUCCAGUGAAGCCAGGAAUAUUCCAAGAAGGUUUCACCCACCGGCUGUGGUUGGUACGAUGGGGAGCGCAGCAGCUUGUGCUAAACUGCUAGCUCUUGACCAGCUGGAAUGUAAAAAUGCCUUGGCUAUUGCUGCCUCCUAUGCAGGUGCCCCACUGGCUAAUGCAGCGACCCAAAUAAAGCCCCUCCAUGUUGGGAAUGCUGCCAAGCAUGGACUGGAAGCAGCUUGCUUAGCUUUACAGGGCAUUCAAGGAAACAAACAGAUCUUGGACAUGGAGUCAGGGAUGGGUGCCUUUUAUACAGAUUACAACCCACAGACUCUGCCAACCUUGCAGUCCUACCCAUGGCUCUUGGACCAGCAAGACGUGGCCAUCAAACGCUUUCCUGCUCAUCUCGCAACACACUGGGUGGCUGAUGCAGCAUCUUCUGUUAGGAGGAAGCUCGUGGAGAGCAGUGAGAACUUGCUCCCCCUUGAUAAAAUUGAGAAAGUCAUUCUCAAAGUCCCCGAGGUCAAAUAUGUGAACAGACCCAGCCCAGCCUCAGAGCAUGAAGCACGACACUCCUUCCAGUUUGUCGCGUGCUCGGCUUUGCUGGAUGGCUGCAUGUCAGUCCAGUCCUUCGCCAGUGAGAACAUUCACCGGCCGGCCUUGCGGGAGCUCCUCUGCAAAACACAGCUGGAGCACCCUCCUGACAACACGCCCAGCUUUGACAGCCUCUACUGCGAAGUGAGCGUCGUGCUUCGGGACGGCAACACCAUCAGCGACCGCUGCACGACCUUCUACGGACACUGGAGGAAACCUCUGAAAAAGGAAGACUUGGAGAAAAAGUUUCAAUCCAAUACACUCAACAGCCUGCCCACAGAAGCCAUGGAAGGCAUUAUAGAGACCGUGUACAACCUGGAAAAAGUAGAGGACUGUUCUGUAUUAAGUACAUUUCUAUCAGGACAGUCUGCUAGAGCACUUCCAGAGAAGCUGCACUCCCUUUGAGUGCUCCGGCCAACAACUACAUGCUCUUCACAAAGCUAAUGCAAAAUUCAGGACAAACUUUUACUUAGUGUCUCAAGCACUUUAAAAUAAUACUCCUGUAACACAAGAACCAUAUUCAGUCCAAUAUUGUGGGUUUUGACUAGGUAAAUAAUUUGGUGUUUAUGUGCCCAGCUUAGCCAGGCUGAACAGAAGAUCCUCUGCUGGCACAGCCAACCCCAGCUAUCUUUGUACCUCUAGAGACAGAGCACUCACUGCUUGCUCACGGCACAAAAAUCUCCCUGCUCCUCUGCCAAAAAUCUGUGUUCUGCUUCUCCUAAAUAACUCCAUACAGGAAAUUCAAAUUCUGGAAGAGUAUGGAAGUGCUGUGUCCUUGAAAAUCAUCAUGGUUAGAAGUAGAGAGCAUGAAAACCUUAUCAUAAUUAUUUCUGUAGAUUUAUCCCCACAACCUCCUUGAAGAGGGAACCUGUUACAUCUGAGCAUUGACAUUUGUGCUAAAAUCAACACAGCACAUGUAGGGAGGGGUGGCACUCCAUACUCUGCAGCAUGUCAGGCGUCACUGCAGCCAUUGCUCUGGCACUGAGGCAGCAAAGGCCUGGGCCUGGCCCGAGUGCUGAGCAUGGGGAACAGCUCCACACUCCCCAUCAUAAAGGCCUUAUUGCCCAGUUCCACCUGCUGGCUCCCCUGUGGUACAGGUCUGUUGCUUUUUUAUUUCUGCCCCAGUUCCAUGAGACACUGAGCAGGUGAUGUCAGUGUGGGUUACUUCAGGCCCAACAGAGUGUGGGCUACACUACACUGGGCAGGAGUGACAGAGACCUGUGAGCACCAGAGCACUUCUUACAGAGACAACUCAGUGUCCACAGUGAACCCAAAUAAUGAAUUCUGGGAACGUUUUGUUCCUCCAGGAGUACAAAGCCUUGCCAGAUUGAGCUUCUAAGAGAAGCUGCCAACUCUUUGUUCACAUUUAUAAGAUCAGAGCAUGGUUUUCUAAUACAUAUAAAAUUGUCUUCCUCAGGACAAUAAAGAAUGUAUGCCAAAAAUUUAAAAAUAAAUGUAAUUAAUUUUACUAAAUAAAUCUGAAAAUACUUCAUUUAUUAGUGCAAAACUUGUGUAUUUUCCACAUGCAAUGCGUUCAUUUGUGCUGCAGAUUGGUUUAUAAAGUUGGUUUACCUAGGGGCUCUGCAAAAAUUUUGGACGUCCAUCAGUAAUACUUGCUUAAAGACUUGCAAAGGGGAAAAAAGAAUCCAAAUAACCACAUUCUUUUAUUUUUCCCCUCUGAUUAGAAAUUAGAAUUGAAUUAUUCACCUAUACUGAUGGUAAACAGACUCAUUUACAGCUACUUCACUUGUAAUUGCAGCUGGGUAACAGCAAAUAUGAAUUACUGAUAGCCAUUAAUGAUGUGAUAAAACCCCAUUGCCCAUUCAGUCGUUUUAAGACUGAAUACAUUUGGAUUCAUUAAAAAAAAAAAAUCAUAAAAAAACAACCAAAGUAACUUCCCCCA